AUGCAGAUGAAUGCUUGGGGUGCCUGGGGGCCUGGGCUUGCAUGCGUUGCUUCAGCGAAGAGCCAUGCCAAAGCCUUAGCCAAAAGUAGAACCACCAAUUGCCAAUUGCGGCUACAACAACAGCAGCAGUACCGGCAGGAUCCUAGCCAACAGCAACUGUAUCCCCCACAGAAGCUCGUUGUAGAUUUGGAAACGCAGCAACAGUGUGGGAAGCGAAGUUACCCAGAAGUGCUUUUGGAUUCGCCGAAGAAGAGACCUGCGGCCGCAGCUAGGGCUCACACCACAUCGCAUGCGUUUGCGGCAACAAAAGAAGGGGAAGCAGAGGCAACGACCCCCGUAGGGGGGGCUGUCACGCCGGUAGCAGCUGGGGAAACCCAUCUUGUGUGUGGCAAAGAAAUCCUCGCAAGUGAAGGCACCCUUGAUGUUACUGCCCCAGCCGGCGCUACCUCUGCCGAAGCUGACGCUCCAUGUGUCGUUGCAACGGGCCAUCAGUCAGUCAUUGCAGCAGCGCCGCCUGCAGUUGACGCUUUCGUCGCUACUGCUUCUGUAAUGGGGGACAACUGCCUUGGGCUGUAUCUACGAGCAGAAGCACCAGCUGGGGCAGAUAUAGCGGGACGCUUCGAUUCAGCAGCAGAUGCAUCAGUUGUGGGGCGUGCAGCAGAUGCGUCAUAUGUAGCGGGAGGAGUGUCCGGAGGUUCAGAUGCAGCAGCGCUUGCAGAUUCAGGAACUCAUGGAGUUGCUCUACGUGCCGCAGCAACAGCAACAGCAAACUCAGCAGAAGCUCAUGGAGUGAAAGAUGAAGCGGAUGAGGUGGAGUGUGGAGAGGUCACGAUUGCAGCAGCGGACGCAGCCGGUGCAGCGGCAAGAACUCUGAGAGCAGUGGACGCCGAUGCUGCCUGCUUGCACGCGAAGGAGGCUGCGCUUCCUGGAUCAGCACCGGAUGUGGCAGCGGAAGAGAAUAAAACUCCCGUGGAAGUAAUUGAGCUUGGAAGCAGUGAUGAUGAAUGGGUGGAUCUUUGGCAGCGCCCUCGGCGAAGAGCAGCAGCAGCGGCUGCUGCGGCUCUCACGGCUCUUGCUGAAGCAGAAGAAGACGGCCUCAGUGGAGCAUCGCCGGGAGCUGCAUCGUCUGAUGCUGCCCCGUAUCACCCCCAUGUGUCUCUCACGAAGCAGCGAGAUCUUCUUGGAGGCACAGCACCCAGAAGGAUCGCCAUCUGCACCGAGCGCAGCAUUGUUGAUGCUCAUGGAACGCAGCGUCUGCCUGUAAACCUCUCCCGAUUGCCUUUAUUCAUGAGCGAACGUGAGGAAUCUAUGGCGCUGCUGCGUGUAAACCGGCAGCUGAAUGACGAGGUCAUCAACUUCUUUUUCUCGCUUUUGCAGAGGCGCAAUGACGAAGCCUUGGCGAGAGGUGACGCAGUUCCUAAAUGUCACUUUUUCAAUUCUUUUUUCGAUGAACGCCUCAAAGUUGCGUCUUAUGAAGGCGUAAGGAGGUGGACGAAGCGUGUGGACUUGUUUGCGCACGACUUGCUGCUGCUGCCUGUACACCACAAAGAGCAGCAGCACUGGGCUCUUGGUGUAGUUGACUUCCGGUAA